AUGCACUACGUUCGCUUCCUCAAGACGCCCAAGGUGCACGUCGAAAACGGCGCUGUAAUUCUCACGGCCGUCGUCACGCUCACUACCGAUCUGGGCGAGACCUUCUACCCACACGACAUCCAGCUCGCUGCAACCCUUCGCCAAUCCGACCACGAUGGCGACAUCUACCUCCGUCGAACCCUACAAUGGCGAGGAGACAUGCGUUCCCUCAACAUCUCACUCGACCUGACCCGCACAGAGAUCGACUGGCCCGUCAGACUCCAUGUCCACCCAAAAGCAAAUGCUGCCACGUACGACUGCUUCGAGGACCACCAUUCUCACGGUCAUCUCCCAGGCAUCGUCUCCGUAUGGAGCGAGUCCUUGAACCCCACANAGGGCACCUUUGAGACACACAGACGGGUCGAGCGCCGGUUCACUCCUCUGACAGGACGUGCCUUGAACAUCUUCGAAGACACUGGCGAGAGCAUUGCCCGCCAUCUGUGGGACGGCAGCUUGUCUCUGACUGCCUACCUUGACCGUGUCGUUGCCCUUCGCUCCGUUCACGAAGCACCCUUGCUCGAAAGCGUAUUGUCCUCUGCCACAUACAAGAAGUUGAACGUAAUAGAGCUGGGCUGCGGCUGUGGUGUCGUCGGCAUUGGUCUCGCUCAGACCGUACCCGACUGCAACGUCCUCCUUACCGACUUGCCCGAGGUCGACGAGUUGGUCGAGCGCAACAUCGAAGCCGCAAAUCCUGCCAUGUCGUCCCACAUUGACUUUGCUGCCCUGGACUGGGAAGCCCCGUUGCCAGCAAAAGUCGCCUCGCGCACGUUCGACCUGAUCUUGGUCGCCGAAUGUAUCUACAACAGCGACAGCAUUCCUCCUCUGGUCGACACGCUUGAACGCCUCAUCCAGCGUUCGCCAAGAGCAGUCGUCCUUAUCUCGACCAAAGUUCGUCAUGAGAGCGAAGCCAUGUUCUGGGAUCUUUUCCACUCCAGGGGCUUCCAGAAAAAGUCACAAACCUCGCUGCCGGUUCCUGGUGAACCUGGCCAUGGUUAUGGUGAUUCUGCCACCGCUGUUGAUAUAUACAUCUACCAAGGCCCAAACCCUCGCACCAGCCACUCACCUCCUGGCUCAAAACCGAUUAGUCCCGCUUGA